UUCCUCACAAAAAACUUCGGGGAUUACUCGACACACGCUCCGAAGCCUCGGCGAAAUACAUAACAUCACUAGUUACAACAUUAGCCUACUUUCACCACUGCAUUAUUACACUUGAUAACAUACAGAACACCUCUCAGUUGUUUACUUCAUGCACAGGUUUUAUUGAAAUGUAUACCAAAAAAAGCAUGAUUCAUUUUCUAUUGGGGAUCGAAACUGAAAGCAAGUAGGAAUAACAACACUGAAACCCGCCUCCAUAGUUUCACAGUAGGCAGUAGGGCGGUAACUGUAAGCAGGCAUUUACUUUUUAAUUCGGUUACAACAUUUUAUAAAGAUACAACAUGAAGACAGCUGAUUCAAGCAAGUUUCCUUCGUGGUUUUUCAUCGUCGGUUUGGUUUAUCUUCGAUCGGUGGACUUGUCAUCUGCUCUAAGGGAAACCCAGCAGUGUGUUGAUGGCACGUAUGAGCACGAGGGUGUGACCUGUUGUCUGUGUGGUGCUGGUACGUUCGUGGAGAGCCACUGCACUACGACUCAACCUGGAAAAUGCACAAGCUGUAGGGAAGGGACAUACAGCAGUCACCCUCAUUUCCAGGAAUCCUGUGAGCCAUGCACAUCCUGCUCACAUCCCAAUGCCAAUCUAGAGUUGGACGUAACCUGCACCCGUGCCAGAGAUGCCACGUGUCGAUGCAAAAACAAUCACUAUUGCAGUAUUGGUAAAGAAACCUGUCGAAUCUGCUACCCCUGUAAAGAAUGUACUGAGGGUGUCAAAGUAGCCUGUACAACCACCAAUAACACAGUCUGCAGUGAGAAAGCUGAAGGGGGGUCUAACACUGGGUUGAUAGUUGGCCUAACUGUCCCAAUUGUUUUAAUACUUCUUCUUGGACUUCUUGGAUUCUUCUGGAUAAGAAAACGCAACCGAAAUAAUACCCCAGACGAAGAAAGAAAUGGCCGUGCUGGUGGUUUGGAGAUUCCGUGCCUUAAAGAACCACUUAUUGAUCGCGACCUGCCUGACAUUGCAGAAAUAAUUGGAUGGACGGAUAUGAAGGCUGUAGCAACACGCAGCGGUAUGCUAGACACUUUUAUUGAGAAUUGUAAGCUGAACCACGUUGGUGACGCUCGGGAGCAGACACUCGAACUUCUAAAGGGGUUUGUGGAGAAGGAGGGCAGUCAGGCCCGAACUACCUUGAUCCAAACCCUGCAAAAAAGUGGCAAAAGACGAAUAGCAGAGAGGGUGAUUGCUAAAUUAAAUUCUUCUGCUUGAAUGUGUUUUUUGUAAGUGUAGAUGUUUACAUGAUGUAAGACACUCUUACAUCAUGUAAACAUCUACACUGACACAUACACUAUGUGUCCUCUAACCCGAGUCUUUCUGUCUCUAGUUAAACUUUGUAAAAGGCGAAUUUAAAUAAAGGAAGUAUCUGGCAAGAAAAUAUCUCCAUGGAGAAAAGCCAUGAACGUGAGAACAGCAAAAACAGAGUGUAGAAAAGCUGAACGCAGGUGGAGAAAAAACAAAUCUCCAAGUUCACUUGGAAAGAUAUAAAGAGAGACUCUGCAUCUAUAAUCAGGAAGAAAAAAAAGGCACGACAGUCUUUAUUCUCUGACAUCAUUACUAAAAAUAAAAACAAUUCACGCGCCCUGUUUGCAACCGUCAACAGACUAACAACCCCCCAGUGUCAGUAGCCUCUGUAUUUCUAUCCACCAGGGCCUGCAAUGAAUUCGCCUCCUUCUUCACUGACAACAUUAUGAAAAUUAGACAAGCAGUCAGUGCCUCUGUACCAGGUACAGCAAAUGUUUUGUCCCUGUGUCCACCUAAAGUCAAUUCAGACAUCAUGACACAAUUCCGUCAGAUAAAUUAUAAAGACCUGGAGGACAUUAUUCAACAUCUGAAAUCCUCCUCCUGCAGCCUCGAUAUUAUUCCAACACUAUUGCUGGUUUUAAAGCAUUAAAUGUUUUAGGUCCAAAUGAUAUUAACGAUCUCCUGCAAAAAUAUGAACCAUCCAGGAGUCUCAGGUCUUCUGGAGCGGGUCUGCUCUCUGCUACAAGAGUCAGAACUAAACAUGGGGAAGCAGCAUUUAGUUGUUAUGCCCGACCAUCUGGAACAAACUGCCUGAAUCCUGCAGGUCAGCUGCAACUGUUGAUACUUUUAAAUCAAGAUUACAAAUGUAUCUUUUUGAGGCUGCAUUUGAAUGAGGAUUCAAACUGCAGUAUGGCUUUUUAUCCAUGUAUUUUAUACCGGUUGUUGAUUUUAUUAUCUUUGUUUUUUAAAUGCCUGUUUUUAAAUGCCUUUUUUUAUGUGCUUCCACUGUAUUUGUUCUUAAAUGUCUUUAAUUGUAUUUUGUAAAGCACUGGGUUGCCGUGUGCUGAAAGGUGCUGUAUAAAUAAACUUGCCUUGCCUUUAAAGUUUCGAGGAAUCCUGUGAUCAACAUGGUAUUAUGGGGAAAAUUCAUAAUAUAUGAUAAGUAUUCAAUAAUGGGUUAAGAGGUCUUGCACCACUAAUAUUAGCAGUUGUGAAAUUGUAUGAAAUUGUUCAAAAAGAUUACAUUGCCUACUCAGAAUUGUGCCUCUCUGACAGUGUUGAUGUAAUGAUGUUGGUCAAGCAGCUUGUGUAUAUUGUGCAAUCAAACUCAAUACAAGUUUUAUUAUCAAAGUGUUACAUCAAUUUUGGUUUGUAAUAUGCUGUGAAAUUAUGACAUGUCUAUUUGAGAUAUUAUAAUAUAUUUUUUUAAACUAAUUUAAAACUGCAAUACCACAGUACAUCUUAUAUCCUAUUGCACUCUCUCAAUAUAAAAACACUGCUUCCCACAAUUGUUUUAUUAUUAUUAUUAAGUAAUUUUAAAGUGUGCUAAAUCCUGAUUAUUUUCAUAUCUCUUUUCCUCUCCUGUACCCACAUCCAUGUUCCUGUGUCUAAGUGUCUACCAAUAAGUAUUAUUUUAUGGGAACUAAGUCUUGAACUAGAGUGUAGGAAUACUCUGUUACAAGUAAAAGUCAUGCAUUAAAAAUUGUACUCAAA